AUGAGUGGAGAUCCAAGUGGCUCAGAUGAAGAUUCAGUUCGCGGCAGGCUUGGUCGAAUCAAGUUAAGCCUCCCGUCGAAUGCAAUAUUCCGUAGGAUGAAGGCACGGAUCGAAGACAUGACCGCAAAAGCAACAGGAAUCACAUACUGGAGCGCCGAGACGAAGCUUGCCGGCAACUGGUGCAGAAAGCGGCAUUCGUCAAGGACCAAGUCCUCCAAAGGAUGCUCGCCAGAUACGACAGAUACAGAGGCAAUUGGGCUCUUGGACCAGUUUUCGCAGGCGCUGAACAGCAUCGAAGCCUUGAUGCGGAAGCAGGAUGAUCCUCAAACGCCAUAUCGACAGCUCAGUCAAGACGAGAUCCAAGCACAGAACGAGCGGCUUGAUUCCAUCAUUCUUAGAUUUUCGGCACAUGCGGAUUGUAACACUCUCCUCUGCGCUCUAAUACCAUAUCAGCUGAAGAACGUUGUGGAUAACAGCGGGCGGCUGAUUGCUCAUGAUCUGCGGUUGGUCGCGUUGGAGGGACGGGGGAACGGAUCGAUGCCAUUCCAGUUGCCAACCGAUAUGCCGUUGAUGGAAAUGCCACCGAAGCCCGCCGUAUUUCAUGGGCGGGACAGACUGGUCGAAUCAAUUGUACAGCGUCUCUGCGAGAUGGACAAUUGUCAUAUUCCUAUACUCGGACCAGGCGGAAUCGGGAAAACCUCGGUAGCGGCGGCUAUCAUUAACGACAGUCGAGUUGUGGCCAGAUACGGAGCGAACCGGUUAUUUAUGAGCUGCGAAGGUGUACCUACCUGUGAUGGAAUUGCGAGCAUGCUUGCUGCCACUUUACGGCUCCAGCACGAUACGGACGCUCGUCGGAUUGUGCCGAUUUACCUCGCAUCGCUCGAGCGUGCUCUCCUGGUCGUCGACAAUGCCGAGACGCCGUUAGACAGCGAGGGCCGGGUUGAGGUAGAGAGCUGGCUCGGAACCGUUGCCGGAAAACCUCGUGUCUCGCUCAUGAUCACAAUGCGAGGGUCGACCCCGCCGAGCACCGUGCGAUGGGCGGACAUCUGCCGCCUGCCAUUACCGCCCCUCUCCCUGACAGCCUCGAAGCAUACGUGGCUUGCUCUCAACUCAAAUCAGGACGACAAGCUCAAUACACUGCUCGUCGCGCUCGAUGGCUUGCCGCUCGCGAUCACGUUAAUGGCCACCUUGGAUCAAGCAGCGACACUUUCCGACCUGAUUGAUUGUGCUAUCCCUCCUACCGGAUGGAGCGUUACUGUCCGACCUACCCAGGACUCUUCCAUCAAUGGAGAGCCCAAGAGCCUAUGCGAUGGUCCUGUCAAGACGGGUCUGGCCAUACGCGAGAAGGAGCGCAUCCGAUGCCUCGCUCCCAUUCGAGAGUUCGUUGUGCGAUAUCACCCGAUCCCCUCCCGGUACCUCGUUGAUGUGCGUCAGUAUUAUAUGCAGAUUACGGAGAAGGCGCAGAGUCUACGUACAGCGAUGUCGCAAGAAUCAAUUGAAUACCUCUCCUCGGAAUUCAGUAAUACUCUCUCUGUCCUGCGGCAUUUCUGGACCGAACGAUCAGCGCUGUCAGUUGAACAUCGUUUGAAGGAACGCUUGACGGAUGCUACGUUUGAUCUGAGCGCCUUCUCCAACUUCAGCUCUUUAGGGGAUUGUACUGGACUCUUGAACCAUGCGCUCCGUCAAUUGGACGCGAAACGUGAUCGACAGCAUGCUGCAAAAUGCGUCAUGAGGAUCGGGGAUAUUCUGGAGACGAAGGGACAAUUGAACGAGUCUAUGAAGCAAUAUGAAGCCUCGAUCCGAAGGUACAGCAGCAUUGGAGAGCAGGUUGGCAUUUCUCAGUGCCGGCGGGGAAUGAGCAGGGUCCUUGAAAAGCGGUUCAAGUGGAAUCAAGCGGCUGCAAUGCUGGAGGAGGCCAGGAUAGAAUUCCAAGCCGUUGGACAUAGUCUGGGCGUGGCUCAGUGCACGCAGGAGUUAGGCGCUAUCUUGCGAAUGCAGACCAACUACAAGGAAGCAACAACGAGCUUGGAGGAGGCCAGGAUAGAAUUCCAAGCCAUUGGAUACAGUCUUGGCGUGGCUCAGUGCACUCAGGGGAUAGGCGAUAUCUUGCGAAUGCAGACCAACUACAAGGAAGCAAGAACGAGACUGGAGAAGGCCAAGAUAGAAUUUCACGGCAUUGGACACCGCGUCGGCGUGGCUCAGUGCACUCAGGGGAUAGGCAAUAUUCUGCGAAUGCAGGCCAAGUACGAGGAGGCAACAACGAACCUUGAGGAUGCCAGAACAGAAUUCCAAGCCAUUAGAUACCGCCUCGGCGUGGCCCAGUGCACCAGGGGUAUAGGCGACAUCCUGCGAAUGCAGGCCAAGUACGAGGAAGCAACACUGAGACUGCAGGAGGCCAGGAUAGACUCUCAAGCCAUGGGAUACCGCCUCGGCGUGGCUCAGUGCACUCUCCUUAUUGGCGAUAUCUUGGGAAAGCAGGCCAAGUACGAGGAAGCGACAACGAGACUUGAGGAGGCCAGGGUAGGCUUUCAAGCCAUUGGAGACCGCCUUGGCGUGGCUCAGUGCACUCGGAGUACUAGCGAGAUAUUGAGGAUGCAGGCCAAGUACGAAGAAGCCAUUGCGAUUAUGGAGGGAGUAAGGGUAGAAUUCAGAACCUUGGGUCUUCCUUGGGACACGGCCGACUGUACGAGGAGUAUAGGCGACACCCUUGGGAUGCAAGGUCAGUUUGGGGAGGCCAUCGCGACCUUGGAAGAGGCAAGGAAGCAAUUCGAAGCGAUUGGAUUGCCCCACCUCAUGGAAGAGUGUACAAAGAGCAUUGACAACAUGCGGCAGAGGCAAGAGUUGACAUCGGAGACCACGACCGCAGCCUGGGGGGUGAACGAGAGCGUUGGCCAGCAGUGGGCAAAACGAUGGGUACAGAGAUGGGAUGGGCAUCAUGAGUUGGAAUAUAGCGAGGUGUGGAUUCUUCCCCAUGGUCGACGCCUGAGAAACCGUGAGCACCUGUAG